UUUUCAUUGUCCAUUGUCAAAGUGUUUGAUAAAAAAGCCACAAGACAAGUAAAAAUUAAAAACAAAACGUGCUGAUUGCCGAGCUCAAGCUUAGCUGUUGAGAUAAUUUAAAGGAUAAAUAACAUUACCAAUUAAAUAUUUCUAUUAUUAAUCUAUAGAUAUGCCGAAAGUAACAAAAUUACAUAGUACGGGUAAGCCAAAAGCUCUCCAAAAAUCUACUAAGCCCGAUGGGUCAGAUCAACGAGACCCAGAAGAAUCGUUAAGAGAAUUUCAGUUACAGCUUCUUUGGUGUAUUCAGAAAUUAGAAAAAUCUAUUGGUGAAAAGAAAGGAAAUGAUAGACAGCUUCAAGAAAUGUGGAAAGUAUUGACAAUUUUAAAAAAUAACAAUCAGCCAAUUAUACGGAAAAGGCAGCUGAUGCGGAAACACCUAGGGGACUAUAGAGCAAAGAUGGCAGCUGAAGAGAAGAGCCUGGUCAAAUUGUCAAGCAAGAUAAAGAUAGCAGAUAAUCCAGUGCUGCCGAAAGCUACAUUUCUAAGAAAAUCAGCAUUUUUAUCGAGUGGUGAUACUGCAUUUAAGUUCCAUUUUAAUGUUUCACAAGAAAGCGAAGACAAUGUUGCAAAAGAAUUAAACAAUGUAAUUGACAAGACGGAAAACAUUGUUUUAACAGAUACUUGCAACACAUCAAAAACUGUCAUAAAUGAUGCAGAAGAUCUCAUGAAAGAAAAUUUAAAUAAAUGUAAAUUUUCUGCUUCUGGUUCAGAAUUUAAGUUUAAUUUUGAUGUAGACGGAACAAGUAAUUAAUUAAAGUGAGAAUGUUAUAUUUAGUUAUAUAUUUCAGAUAUUACUAUAAAAAUUGCAGUUUAUUUUCUUAGUUUUUAAGGCUGAUAAAUUUUUUCUAUAUUAUUUUUAUGUAUUUUUCAAAACAAAUCCUCUUAUGAAUUUGAUAUGUCAUUUGAAGCAAUAAACAGUUAAAAAGUUAUUGUUGGGUUUGGUAAGAUCCAUAAGAUUUCAUCAUGGAAGACUCACUAUGGAAAUGUAAUAUUGAUAUUCUUAUGUUACAGUAAUUGAAAUUUUUGAAAACAUGCACCCAACUGCUUAUUCUAGUUAAAAUAAUAAUUGUACAAACCGCUUUUUAUAGUUUUGUAAUAUUGUAUUAGUAUAAAUAAACUUGGCAACGCCGAGUGUGGAAAUUAGUUUUUAAGUAAGCUAAUAAAACAAUUUUGUUAAAACACCUUUCAUUUAUUUAGUGAAACUCUUCAAGUAACAGUCAUUAAUGUCCAUUGCAAAGUGAUUGAUAAAAUCCAUUUUCAACCUCAACUCUGCUAUCAUCUUGUAUUUUCAUAGCACAAGCGUAGUCUUCAUAAAAACUUGCAGAAUUUACCACAGACAAUCCUACCGGCAAUUCAUAUUUGCUAUAAAAAGCACCCCAAGUUGCAACACCUAGCAAGAUGUUGGUUUUUGUAUUGAAUACCGCGCCUCCUUCAACUCCAUGGUACAUGGAACAUCGUGGUUCGUCAUGUCUGUAAUCAUCCAAUGUGCAAGAAUGAUAGCAAGGCACAUUGAAGUCCCCCAUAAGAUUGUUGAACGUAUAAACUUCAUUACACAACGUUAUGUCUAUGAAAACUUCGAGUUCGGUUAGAAAGAAGUCUGAUAGUGGAUUUCUUA